CCAUGCCCGCCUACCUCCCGCCGCGCAGACGGCUCCCGGGACACAGCUGCGCCACGCCGCCCUGGUCCUCCCCGCGCGCGCCGGCCGGCACCUGACGUCCUCAGCGCCCCGCGGGCCCGCGGCGAGACCCGGCUGCCCUCCCCGCUCGGCCGCCCAAGGGACCUUCGAGAGCACGCGCCGAGGAAGGAGUGCGCGGCGCCCGCGCACAGCACCCGCGCCGCCAGAGCGCCGGGGCCGGCUUCACUGCCCCGCCGGGUGCGGGCAGAAGUUCGCGAGAGGGGAGUCCGACUGCGAGGUGAGCCAUGACCACUCUGCUCUUGGUCCUGGUGGCUCUGAGAGUCAUCGCGGCAGCCAUCUCUGGGGACGUCUCAGACCUCGACAACGCAUUGAGUGUGAGCAUCCCCCAGCCGUCCCCGGUGCGGGCCCUCCUGGGGACCUCGCUGACCAUCCCCUGCUACUUCAUCGACCCCGUGCACCCCGUAACCACCGCGCCCUCCACGGCCCCCCUCACCCCGAGAAUCAAAUGGAGCCGGAUCUCCAAGGACAAGGAGGUGGUGCUGCUGGUGGCCAACGAGGGACGUGUGCGCAUCAACAGCGCCUACCAGGACAAGGUCUCGCUGCCCAACUACCCGGCCAUCCCCAGCGACGCCACCCUGGAGAUCCAGAGCCUGCGCUCCAAUGACUCCGGGAUCUACCGCUGUGAGGUGAUGCACGGCCUUGAGGACAGCGAGGCUACCUUGGAGGUGGUGGUGAAAGGUGUUGUGUUCCACUAUCGGGCCAUCUCCACGCGAUACACCCUGGACUUCGACAGGGCGCAGCGGGCCUGUCUACAGAACAGCGCCAUCAUUGCCACCCCGGAGCAGCUGCAGGCUGCCUACGAGGAUGGCUUCCACCAGUGCGACGCCGGCUGGCUGGCUGAUCAGACUGUCAGGUACCCCAUCCACACACCCCGGGAAGGCUGCUACGGAGACAAGGAUGAGUUCCCUGGCGUGAGAACCUACGGCAUCCGGGACACCAACGAGACCUAUGACGUGUACUGCUUCGCAGAGGAGAUGGAGGGUGAGGUCUUUUACGCAACGUCGCCAGAGAAGUUCACCUUCCAGGAGGCAGCCAGUGAGUGCCGGCGGCUGGGCGCCCGCCUGGCCACCACAGGCCAGCUCUACCUGGCCUGGCAGGCCGGCAUGGACAUGUGCAGCGCCGGCUGGCUGGCUGACCGCAGUGUGCGCUACCCCAUCUCCAAGGCCCGGCCCAACUGCGGCGGAAACCUCCUGGGUGUCAGGACCGUGUACGUGCACGCCAACCAGACCGGCUACCCCGACCCCUCGUCCCGCUACGACGCCAUCUGCUACACAGGCGAAGAUUUCAUGGACAUCCCAGAAAACUUCUUUGGAGUGGGCGGUGAGGAGGACAUCACGGUCCAGACGGUGACCUGGCCUGACGUGGAGCUGCCUGUGCCCCGGAACAUCACUGAGGGCGAAGCCCGAGGCAGCGUGGUCCUCACUGCGAAGCCGGUGCUGGACGUCUCCCCCACGGCGCCGCAGCCCGAGGAGACGUUCGCCCCUGGCGUUGGGGCUACCGCCUUCCCCGGGGUGGAGAACGGGACUGAAGAGGCCACCCGGCCCCGUGGCUUUGCUGACGAAGCCACCCUUGGCCCAAGCUCCGCCACGGCCUUCACUAGCGCGGACCUGGUGGUGCAGGUGACCGCUGCCCCUGGUGUGGCUGAGGUCCCUGGACAGCCACGCUUGCCAGGGGGGGUCGUGUUCCACUACCGCCCGGGGCCCACCCGCUACUCACUGACCUUCGAGGAGGCCCAGCAGGCCUGCCUGCGCACGGGGGCGGCCAUGGCCUCGGCGGAGCAGCUGCAGGCCGCCUACGAGGCCGGCUACGAGCAGUGUGAUGCCGGCUGGCUGCAGGACCAGACCGUCAGAUACCCCAUUGUGAGCCCACGGACUCCCUGUGUGGGCGACAAGGACAGCAGCCCAGGGGUCAGGACCUACGGUGUGCGUCCACCGUCAGAAACCUACGAUGUCUACUGCUACGUGGACAGGCUCGAGGGGGAGGUGUUCUUUGCCACGCGCCUCGAGCAGUUCACCUUCCAGGAAGCACUGGAGUUCUGUGAAUCCCACAACGCCACGCUGGCCUCCACUGGCCAGCUCUAUGCCGCGUGGAGCCGUGGUCUGGACAGGUGCUAUGCAGGCUGGCUGGCCGAUGGCAGCCUCCGCUACCCCAUCGUCACCCCGCGGCCUGCCUGCGGUGGGGAUAAACCCGGUGUGAGAACCGUCUACCUCUACCCCAACCAGACGGGCCUCCCGGACCCACUGUCCCGGCACCACGCCUUCUGCUUCCGAGGUACUUCAGAGGCACCCUCCCCAGGGCCGGAGGAGGGUGGCACAGCCACACCUGCAUCUGGCCUGGAGGACUGGAUUGUCACCCAGGUGGGGCCUGGCGUGGCUGCCACCCCCAGGGCAGAGGAGAGAACCGCAGUCCCCAGCUUCGCCACUGAGCCAGGAAACCAGACAGGAUGGGAAGCAGCCUCCAGCCCAGUGGGCACCUCCCUGCUCCCAGGGAUCCCUCCCACGUGGCCUCCCACUGGCACGGCAGCCGAGGGGACCACGGAAGGUCUUUCCACAGCCGCAAUGCCUUCUGCCUCCGAGGGGCCGUACACACCCUCAUCGCUGGUGGCCAGGGAAACUGAGCUGCCAGGUCUUGGAGUGACAUCUGUGCCCCCCGACAUCAGUGGCGACCUCACAAGCAGUGGAGAAGCUUCGGGACUCUUUGGCCCCACUGGGCAGCCCCUGGGGGGCAGUGCAAGUGGCUUGCCCUCUGGAGAGCUGGACUCUGGCAGUCUCACCCCCACAGUGGGAUCAGGCCUGCCUAUUGGAAGUGGACUGGCCUCAGGUGAUGAAGACAGAAUUCAGUGGUCCAGCUCUACUGAGGUUGGUGGGGUGACCUCUGGGGCAGAGAUUCCAGAGACUUCUGCCUCAGGGGUUGGGACUGACCUCAGUGGGCUUCCUUCUGGGGCAGAGAUUCCAGAGACUUCUGCCUCAGGGGUUGGGACUGACCUCAGUGGGCUUCCUUCUGGAGCAGAGAUUCUAGAAACAUCUGCCUCAGGGGUUGGGACUGACCUCAGUGGGCUUCCUUCUGGAGCAGAGAUUCUAGAAACAUCUGCCUCAGGAGUUGGGACUGACCUCAGUGGGCUUCCUUCUGGAGGAGAGAUUCCAGAGACUUUUGCCUCAGGAGUUGGGACUGACCUCAGUGGGCUUCCUUCUGGAGGAGAGAUUCUAGAGACUUUUGCCUCAGGGGUUGGGACUGACCUCAGUGGGCUUCCUUCUGGAGCAGAGAUUCCAGAGACUUUUGCCUCAGGGGUUGGGACUGACCUCAGUGGGCUUCCUUCUGGAGCAGAGAUUCUAGAAACAUCUGCCUCAGGGGUUGGGACUGACCUCAGUGGGCUUCCUUCUGGAGCAGAGAUUCUAGAGACUUCUGCCUCAGGGGUUGGGACUGACCUCAGUGGGCUUCCUUCUGGAGCAGAGAUUCUAGAAACAUCUGCCUCAGGGGUUGGGACUGACCUCAGUGGGCUUCCUUCUGGAGCAGAGAUUCUAGAAACAUCUGCCUCAGGGGUUGGGACUGACCUCAGUGGGCUUCCUUCUGGAGCAGAGAUUCCAGAGACUUUUGCCUCAGGAGUUGGGACUGACCUCAGUGGGCUUCCUUCUGGAGCAGAGAUUCUAGAAACAUCUGCCUCAGGGGUUGGGACUGACCUCAGUGGGCUUCCUUCUGGAGCAGAGAUUCCAGAGACUUUUGCCUCAGGGGUUGGGACUGACCUCAGUGGGCUUCCUUCUGGAGCAGAGAUUCUAGAAACAUCUGCCUCAGGGGUUGGGACUGACCUCAGUGGGCUUCCUUCUGGAGGAGAGAUUCUAGAGACUUCUGCUUCAGGGGUUGGGACUGACCUCAGUGGGCUUCCUUCUGGAGCAGAGAUUCUAGAAACAUCUGCCUCAGGAGUUGGGACUGACCUCAGUGGGCUUCCUUCUGGGGCAGAGAUUCCAGAAACAUCUGCCUCAGGAGUUGGGACUGACCUCAGUGGGCUUCCUUCUGGAGCAGAGAUUCUAGAAACAUCUGCCUCAGGGGUUGGGACUGACCUCAGUGGGCUUCCUUCUGGAGCAGAGAUUCUAGAAACAUCUGCCUCAGGAGUUGGGACUGACCUCAGUGGGCUUCCUUCUGGAGCAGAGAUUCCAGAGACUUUUGCCUCAGGAGUUGGGACUGACCUCAGUGGGCUUCCUUCUGGAGCAGAGAUUCCAGAGACUUUUGCCUCAGGAGUUGGGACUGACCUCAGUGGGCUUCCUUCUGGGGGAGACAUUCUAGAAACAUCUGCCUCAGGAGUUGGGACUGACCUCAGUGGGCUUCCUUCUGGAGCAGAGAUUCUAGAAACAUCUGCCUCAGGGGUUGGGACUGACCUCAGUGGGCUUCCUUCUGGAGCAGAGAUUCUAGAAACAUCUGCCUCAGGGGUUGGGACUGACCUCAGUGGGCUUCCUUCUGGAGGAGAGAUUCCAGAGACUUUUGCCUCAGGAGUUGGGGACCUCAGUGGGCUCCCUCCUGGAAGGGAAGAUCUAGAGACCUUAACUUCUGGAGUUGGGGACCUCAGUGGGUUGUCUUCUGGAAAAGAUGGCUUGGUGGGAUCUGCAUCUGGAGCUUUGGACUUUGGCGGAACUCUAGGAAGUGGGCAAAUUCCAGAAACAAGUGGCCUUCCCUCGGGAUAUAGUGGAGAGUACUCCGAGGUCGACCUGGGAAGUGGCCCCUCCUCCGGCCUGCCUGACUUUAGUGGGCUUCCAUCUGGGUUCCCAACUGUCUCCCUGGUAGAUACUCCAUUGGUGGAAGUGGUCACAGCCACCACUGCACGUGAACUGGAAGGGAGGGGGACCAUUGGCAUCAGCGGUGCAGGGGAAAUAUCUGGACUUCCCUCCAGUGAGCUGGACGUUAGUGGGGGCACCAGUGGAGCUGAUAUUAGUGGUGAAGCUGACGUUGGCGGGGAGGCAUCUGGACUCAUUGUUAGAGGACAGCCAUCAGGGUUCCCCGACACCAGUGGGGAAGCAUUUGGAGUGACCGAGGUCAGUGGAUUGUCCUCUGGACAGCCGGAUCUCAGUGGAGAAGCAUCUGGAGUUCUUUUUGGGAGUGGUCCACCAUUCGGCAUAACUGAUCUGAGUGGAGAGCCCAGUGGGCAGCCAUCUGGUCUGCCAGAAUUCAGCGGGACGACACACAGAAUCCCUGACCUGGUUUCUGGAGCCACAAGUGGUAGUGGUGAAUCUUCUGGCAUUGCCUUUGUGGACACCAGUGUGGUCGAAGUGACACCUACUACACUGAGAGAAGAAGAAGGCUUAGGGUCUGUGGAAUUCAGUGGCUUCCCUUCUGGGGAGACAGGGUUGUCAGGCACGCCUGAGACCAUUGAUGUCAGUGGACAGUCUUCUGGAACAAUUGACUCAAGUGGGUUUACGUCCUUGGCUCCGGAAGUCAGUGGCUCACCAAGUGGAGUAGCUGAGGUCAGUGGAGAAGCUUCUGGGACUGAGAUCACGAGUGGCCUGCCCUCAGGAGUGUUUGACAGCAGUGGACUUCCGUCUGGUUUCCCCACUGUUUCUCUAGUAGACAGAACUUUGGUAGAAUCCGUAACCCAGGCCCCAACAGCCCAAGAAGCAGAAGGGCCCUCAGACAUUUUGGAACUCAGCGGUGUGCACUCUGGAUUGCCGGAUGUGUCUGGAGCCCAUUCUGGAUUUCUGGACCCAAGUGGGCUACAGUCUGGGCUGGUGGAACCCAGUGGGGAGCCACCACGCACCCCGUAUUUUAGUGGGGACUUUCCCAGCACCCCUGAUGUGAGUGGAGAAGCCUCUGCAGCCACAAGCUCCAGUGGGGACAUCUCAGGACUGCCAGAAGUUACUUUAGUCACUUCUGAGUUCAUGGAGGGUGUUACUCGACCAACUGUUUCUCAAGAACUUGGCCAAGGACCCCCUAUGACCCACGUCCCAAAGCUUUUUGAGUCCAGUGGAGAAGCCCUUGCAUCUGGGGACACGAGUGGAGCUGCACCAGCCUUCCCUGGGUCUGGACUAGAAGCAUCCUCCGUCCCAGAAUCCCACGGCGAGACAUCUGCCUAUGCUGAGCCUGGGACGAAGGCAGCUGCUGCACCUGACGCCAGUGGAGAAGCCUCUGGGUCCCCUGAUUCUGGUGAAAUCACCUCUGUUUUCCGAGAAGCUGCUGGUGAGGGAGCCUCGGGCCUGGAGGUGAGCAGCAGCUCUCUGGCCUCUCAGCAAGGCCCCAGGGAGGGCUCAGCAUCCCAGGAAGUGAGUGGAGAGUCUACCACCAGCUACGAAAUAGGUACAGAGACAUCAGGCCUGCCUCUGGCCACUCCCGCAGCUUCUGAGGACAGAGCUGAAGUCAGUGGAGACCUAUCUGGCCGCACGCCGGUACCGGUGGAUGUUGUCACCAAUGUCCCAGAGGCCGAGUGGAUCCAGCACAGCCAGCGUCCUGCAGAGAUGUGGCCGGAGACCAAGUCCUCAAGCCCCUCGUACUCAGGAGAAGACACAGCUGGAACAGCCGCCUCUCCAGCCUCUGCAGACACGCCAGGUGAACCAGGGCCAACCACAGCAGCCCCCAGGUCCUGUGCUGAAGAGCCCUGUGGCCCUGGAACCUGCCAGGAGACAGAGGGACGCGUCACAUGCCUGUGCCCCCCUGGCCACACUGGCGAGUACUGUGACAUAGACAUUGAUGAGUGCCUUUCAAGCCCUUGUGUGAAUGGAGCCACCUGCGUGGAUGCCAUCGACUCUUUCACAUGCUUAUGCCUUCCCAGCUACGGAGGGGACCUGUGUGAGACCGACCAGGAGGUCUGUGAGGAGGGCUGGACCAAGUUCCAGGGCCACUGUUACCGUCACUUCCCCGACCGCGAGACCUGGGUGGAUGCUGAGGGCCGGUGUCGGGAGCAGCAGUCACACCUGAGCAGCAUCGUCACCCCGGAGGAGCAGGAGUUUGUCAACAACAACGCUCAGGACUACCAGUGGAUCGGCCUGAAUGACAGGACCAUCGAAGGGGACUUUCGCUGGUCGGAUGGACACCCCCUACAAUUUGAGAACUGGCGCCCCAACCAGCCGGACAACUUCUUUGCCACUGGGGAGGACUGCGUGGUGAUGAUCUGGCACGAGAAGGGCGAGUGGAAUGACGUCCCCUGCAAUUACCACCUACCCUUCACCUGUAAAAAGGGCACAGUGGCCUGUGGAGACCCCCCGGUGGUGGAGCACGCCAGGACCUUUGGACAGAAGAAGGACCGGUACGAGAUCAACUCCCUGGUUCGGUACCAGUGCGCAGAAGGCUUCACCCAGCGCCACGUGCCCACCAUCCGGUGCCAGCCCAGUGGGCACUGGGAGGAGCCACGGAUCACCUGCACACACCCCACCACCUACAAGCGCAGAGUGCAGAAGCGGAGUUCCCGGACCCUGCAGAGGAGCCAGGCCAGCUCAGCGCCCUGAGGGGACCUCCAGGUCGAGUCGGAUGCUGAGCCCAGGAGCCCACCAGGCUAAGAGUGCGUCCCACCCAGACGAUGUCCUCUCGUUGCCGCUUUUUGUCAUAUAUGGAAUCCCAUUAAAGAAGCAAAACAUAAAUCCCACACGUGUAAGCACCACACCCCACCCACCCCCAGAUCACCAAAACUGCAUCUAAUUUGUCCCCCAAACGCCAAAGCCAAGCACUUCCCGCAACCCACGGACUGAGGUUAGAGACAAUCUCCCGUCGUGCCUUUCCAGGGACCAGGGCAGGGACAGGGGAGAGGGGGAGGGGUUAAGUUAAAUAAAGAAGAUUAUUUUUUGUUUCCUGACUUUAUCCAAGAGCAGUGCAAUGUUGGUUAUUUCACCUCCAGGGAGAGCUAGGGAGGUGGGAGGAGGGGCCAGAAGGAGCUGGAAGGGGCAGAGGCCCAGGGGCCGGACCAGAGCCGCAGCUGAAUGUAUUGGAGAAGGAGCCGGGGGGGUGGUGCCCUCUGAGUGGGGCCAGUGAGCCAUCGGGGGUCGUGCUCCCCUGCAGGGCUCCUCCUCUCCUCUCACCUGGUUCUGCCGCCGGUGGGAGUCUACCUCGGCAGGGCUGGGUGGGGGCACUGCUCCCCUUCCCUACCCCCAUCCCCGGGACCGUGCAGGCACCAGGGUUCCGUGCACCUAUUUAUAUUUUUGGAAACUAAAGAUUAUGAUAAUUAUAAUAAUAAAGACUUUGGAACACA